AUGAAGCUUUCACGCCUCCUUCAAUUGCCGGUUCUUCUGGCCGCCUCGACCCUCGCCCCGGCAGUGCUCGCCGAGCACACGAGCAACUGGGCCGUCCUCGUCUGCACCUCGCGCUUCUGGUUCAACUACCGCCAUCUCGCCAAUGUUCUCUCCAUAUACCGAACCGUCAAGCGCCUCGGCAUCCCCGACUCCCAGAUCAUCCUCAUGCUGCCCGAUGACAUGGCCUGCAACCCGCGAAACGCCUUCCCGGGAACCGUCUACAGCAAUUCAGACCGCGCUGUCGAUCUCUACGGCGACAACAUCGAGGUCGACUACCGCGGCUACGAGGUCACCGUCGAGAACUUCAUCCGCCUGCUGACCGACCGCGUUGGCGACGAGAUGCCCCGCAGCAAGCGCCUUCUGACGGACGACCGGAGCAACAUCUUGGUGUACAUGACGGGCCACGGCGGAAACGAAUUCCUCAAGUUCCAGGACGCCGAGGAGAUUGGAGCAUUCGAUCUGGCAGACGCGUUCGAGCAGAUGUGGGAGAAGAAGAGAUAUCACGAAAUCCUCUUCAUGAUCGACACGUGCCAAGCGAACACGAUGUACAGCAAGCUCUACUCCCCCAACAUCAUCGCCACCGGCUCCUCCGAACUCGAUCAAUCCUCCUAUUCCCACCACGCCGACAACGACGUCGGCGUCGCCGUCAUCGACCGCUACACAUACUACAACCUCGAGUUCCUCGAAUCGCAAGUCCAAGACCUGAGUUCCAAGAAGACGGUCGGCGAGCUUUUCGACAGCUACACCUACGAGAAGAUCCAUUCCAACGCCGGCGUGCGCUACGACCUGUUCCGCGGCGGUGCCGAUGCCGCGCGCAGCCGCCGCAUCACCGAUUUCUUCGGCAACGUACAAAAUGUCGAGGUCGACGGGGCCAAGAACAUGGUGCUUGACGAGGAGCUGUUGGAGCUGAGCCAGAAGAUUGCUGCGCUGAAGAAGAGGGCUGACGAGGCCGACGCUGCUGCAAAGAAUGCAACGCUCGCGGAGAAGGCUAGGGCCAAGGAAUCUAGCACCAAGGCGCAGGCGAAGCGCGUACAGAUGGCGAAGCCUUUGACGAAUGACAACUGGUGGGAGAAGAAGCUUGUGGGUGCUACUGCGCUUGUUGGUGUUGCUCUGCUUUGGGCCCUGGGGUCGUAUCUUGAGUCCCCGAACAAGUCGCGAGACGAUGAAAAGAAGGCGAAUGGGCAGAACGGGCAUGCGACGGUAAAGGCAUGA